UGAUGAUGAUGCUAUCAUGACUUUUUCCUGUUCUUUCUCUGUCCCUGAUGAUGAAACACUGCUGCUGGCUCUUCAUUCACACCCAAGGACCAAAGUCUUCCAGUCACACAAAAACAUUGAACCUGCAGCUCCAGUGGACAUGCGUGUUGAGUUGAUCGGAGACGACUGGGUCCUGAACUGGACUCUUCCUAAAUAUCGAACUGUCCCAAUAACCUCUGAGUUCAGAUAUUGGAGCAGCACCUCACCUGAGUUAGCAGAGACUCUCAGCCUCCCUACAGGUGUGAGUGUGUGUGUCAUGGCUGAAAGUCUACUGCGUUCUUCCACCAGAUACCUUGCUCAGGUGCGCUGUAGCGUGAGUCCACCGAAGGUUCGAGCGACACGGUAUGCUGGCUAUCCUUCAGAAUGGACCAAACCUGUUUACUGGACCACACGGUCAGCUCCAGUUUCAGCUCCAGUUUGGAUGUAUUUCCUCUUGUCAGUGAGUGUGACUGUGGCCCUCAUACUUAUGUACCUAAUUUCACUGGCAUUUCGCAGGCUUAGCAUGUGGGAGGCGUCUAUUCCAUCUCCUUUCCAGAGUAAACUGAUGGACACUGUUUGCCAGGUCUCACACACACACACACGCACACACACAUUUCUACAUUUACAUUUACAUCAUUUGGCAGACGGCCUUAUUCAGAGCGACUUACAUUAUCACAUUUUUAUACAGCUGAGCAAUUGAGGGCUAAGGGCCUUGCUCAGGGGCCCAACAGUGGCAGCUUGGUGGACCUGGGAUUGAACUCACAACCUUCCGAUUGGUAGCCCAACACCUUAACCACUAGGCUACCCCCCCCACACACACCCACACA